AUGAUACUUUCACGUACAAAAGCUGUAGAAGAUCCAAAGAAAAAAACAAAUACAUCUACUCAAGAUAAAAGUAAAAAGAAAACAAAUGAACUUGAAGAUUUUAUUAUUCAACGUGAUUAUACCGGUGCAAUUGCUUUUCUCGAAUUUAGUCGUGAGAAUGGCACAGCAAUACAAGAUCUUGAACUUUGGUUAGCAUUUGCUGCAUUCCAUGCCGGUGAUUAUCAACGUGCAAGUGAUGUGUAUGAAGAUCUUUUGCAAAAAGAUUCACGAAAUAGUCAAAUCUACAUCUAUUUAGCUUGUUGUUAUUUUAUGUUGGGUAAAUACGAUGAAGCUGAACACACAGCAUUAAAAGGUCCAAAAUCAUCUUUACAAACACGAGUUUUAUUUCACGUUUCACAUAAACAAAAUGAUGAAGAAAAAUUUUCAAAUUUACAUCGUCAAUUACAAGAUACUAUUCAAGAUCAAAUGUGUCUUGCUAGUAUGAAUUAUAUGAAAAAUCAAUAUCAAGAAGCACUUGAUAUAUAUAAACGUUAUUUAAUUGAAAAUCGAGAUUAUUUAGCAUUGAAUGUUUAUGUAGCACUUUGUUAUUAUAAAUUAGAUUAUUAUGAUAUCUCACAAGAAUUACUUGAAGGUUACUUUAAAAAAUAUCCUGAAUCAGCAACAGCUAUUAAUAUUCAAGCAUGUAAUCAAUAUAGAUUACAUAAUGGAAAAAAAGCUGACAAUGAUCUCAAACAAUUUCUUAAUAAAAUUGAUACAUCAUUUAAUUAUGCAAAAGAAUUAUUUCGUCAUAAUAUGGUUGUUUUUGAAAAUGGUGAAGGUGCACUUCAAGUAUUAACACAAUUGAUUGAUGUUAUACCUGAAGCACGUUUCAAUUUAGUUAUUUAUUAUCUUAAACAAGAUCAAAUUGAACAAGCAUACAAUUUAAUGAAAGAUAUCGAACCAUCUCAAUCAAUUGAAUAUAUAUUACAAGGUGUAGUUAAUGCUGCGUAUGGACAAGAACAUAAUUCAGUAUUCUAUUUCUAUGCUCAUGAACAUAUUAAAAAAGCUGAAUCCUAUUUUCAAACAAUUGGUAGUUCAGCAAAUGAAUGUGAUACAAUUCCAGGUCGACAAAGUAUGGCAGCUUGUCAUUUUCUACAUAAACGUUUUUAUGACGUUUUGGUUUAUUUAACUUCAAUAAAAACUUAUUUUUCUAAUGACGAUAUAUUUAAUUUUAAUUAUGCACAAGCCAAAGCUCAUGAAGAGAAAUGGGCCGAAGCUGAAGAAGCAUUUCUUCUUAUAAAUAAUGAAAAAAUUAAAAAUGAUCAUAUUUAUUUAACAUGGUUAGCACGCUGUUACAUAUAUAAUAAUAAAGCACGUCUAGCAUGGGAAUUGUAUAUCAAAUUAGAACAAUCAAAUGAAUCAUUUUCACUACUUCAAUUAAUUGCAAAUGAUUGUUAUAAACAUGGAUGUUUUUUUUAUGCUGCACGAGCCUUUGAUAUUCUUGAACGUGUAGAUCCUAGUUCUGUAUAUUGGGAAGGUAAAUUAGGUGCUUGUGCUGGUACAUUUCAACAAAUAGUUGCUGGUAAAGAAUCUAGAGAUACACUACGCGAUAUUUUAGCAUUAUUACGAAAUACAAAACAUCCACAAGGAGAUCAAAUGAUUAAAGUAAUGCGAUCAUGGGCAAGAACAAAUAAUAUUUCUGUUUAA